AUGGCAACAGCAGCAUCGACAGUAGCGACAUCAGCAUCGUCACAGCGAGCCAUCGUCAAUGCAAUCUGCGUAAUAGGAGCAAAGAAUCAGCCUCUUUUCAUAAAAUCAUUCAACACGUUGCCAGAGUCGUCACAGCUUCAUUACCACUACAUUGCUCACAUAAGUGUCGAUAUAAUAGAGGAGAAAGUGAAUGGGAGCAAAUUGACUGACCUCUAUCUCGGCCUGCUAUACAGCAUGGAAGAUUACAGUGUUUAUGGAUACGUGACCAAUACAAGAGUCAAGUUCCUCAUCGUGAUCCAGCUUGCAGAUUUCGCAGUUAAGGAUGUCGAGCUCAAAAACAUCUUUCGAAAGAUUCACCAGGCUUACGUGAACUUGAUACUAAACCCGUUCUACGAUCCGGAAUCAAAUCAAUUAAUUACAUCGAAGUCGUUUACAAAGUCAAUGGAAGAACUGGUCACGAAACCUUAG